CAUUGUGCACACACUGUUUAUCACGUGUCGCGAUGUAAAUGAUUUGUCUGAUAUUAAAUGAAGAAACAUGGGACCGAAGAAGGCGGAAAAACGUUCGGAGAGAGGAAAGGAACACGUAGACCGUCAAGAGCAGAGCAAGUACAAGUUCGAUCAUCUUCAUCUGGAAGUGAAGUAUCCCGGAACAGCGAUACUGCUUCUAAAAUGUCAAGAGCAACCGGGGCUUUUGGCGGCUGCCGCUGCUCUCUCCAAAUACGGCAGCAAAGCCAAAGAGAAUUUAGAAGUGUUGUUCGAUCUCGACAUUGUGGAGAGCGUGAUUCCGUUGAUCGAACACGAGGAUCUAUUUAUCCGAAGAUUCGCAGCGAAGCUACUGGCAGAAAUGAUCCUCAUUCCCAACGUGCGCAACUUCCUGCUGGAAACCACUUACUACAUCUCCUAUUUCGCCAAUGUGCUGAUGUCCGACAAGGACGUGUUCAUGCAAGAAUUCUCCUCCUGGAUAUUGGCGGAAAUAUCAGGCGACCUGUUCGGUGCGGCACAGUUGCUGAAAGUGUGUCCGCGGCUGAACUUUUUGUUCGAAAAAUUUCAGUCACCCGACCCGGACGUUAAGAGGAACAACUUGCAGAUCCUGCUGAACUUGUUGCAAGAUCCUGUUGGCUCGAACGAGGUCUUGCAGACAAAGGAUUUUAAUUUGAACCUUAUAUAUGAUCUGUACAAUUCGUCCUACGUCGAGAUCCAAAGACUUGCCCUGAACAUAACAGCCGACAUAGUCGGCAGGAAUCAAGACGAACGGUUGCAAGAACUUUUCAGACGAUCGAACGGUCUUCAAGCUCUGCUGAAGUUCCUGGAUAACGACGAGUGGCAAGAUCUCCACGCAGAGGUACUCAGGAUCCUUUGUUCGGCGUCCGAUAACACCGCGACGGUGGAGCUGCUCCACGACAUAGGCGGUAUCCGGCAAAUUCUGAAGUACAAAGAGGACAUAGCGCACUCGAAGCUCUUCAUCGAAGCGCUGGACGUAGCGGUCCGUCUUGCUCGCACACAUCUGGGCAGAAAGGCUCUCUACGCUCACGGCAUCGUUAAUCAUUUGUUGAACACAUUCGAAGGCAACAUGCCAGAGAGCGUGUACGAGAUCGGUUGUCACGGAAUCGGCAUGAUGACCCUUCACCCCGAAGCUGCCAAAGAGCUGAUCGCCAGCAGUUGCAUGAAGAAUAUCUUAGAUAUAUUGAAAAACGAAUCCUUGAAAUGGAGUACCAGACAGGCAGCCAUGUUUGCCUUGAACCAACUGCUCAAAUGCAACGGAAAGAAUGGUCAGGAUUUCUUAAACAUGCAGGGCCAGAAUUAUCUGGUAUGGCUGAUGAGACAACCCGUGUUGAAGGUUCCUGUAGAAAUCCUGAACGGAGCCAUCGAAUGCCUGACGACGAUAGGAAGAAGUCAGUCUUUGCGCAGUGCAAUUAUCACUGCGGAUGUCAUGGAUGCAUUGUGCGCGUCCUUCAAAUUAACAUGCCCAGCGACGACCGACUACAAGAUCGCUUGCUGCAAUGCUCUGUCGACCCUCUGCGUGGACCAGCUCGGAAGAUCCGUUUUCUUGAAGGUCCACGGGCCAAACAGAUUAUAUAAUCUGUUAUGCGACGUCGGCUCGGUUCCAACAAGGAACGCAGCCACCCAGACCAUUCAAUUGUUAUGCGCAGAUCCGGUUCUGGCCAACGCUUUCGUGCAGGCCAGAUAUCUGAAUUACAUGCUGAAGAACCGAACCACCGCGAGAAUCGUGCCCUCCUGGGACACGUGCAUCGAAGCGCUGUUCGACGCCCAUCUGCCGAUCAAGUUUGCUUUCACCGGACGACUUUCGUUGCACGACGUCACCGAGAACGGAUUCUAUGUUCUCCGGAGAAACAUCUGCCCGUUUCCGAUAUUGGACGACAUCUUCCGAUUCAGUAUCUGCCCACUGGAACCUGUUUACGUGGUGAACUGUGUUCGCUCCUACCUGCCGGAAUCCCAGGAAAGAUUACGUCACUCGAUCGGAGACGGUACGGUUGUCGGUUCUAAUAGAGCAUCGAUCCGCGUCACGGUUUUUUAUCUUACAGAGGAUCUUAGCGUCGAAAACGGGGAUAAGGUCAUCCGACCUAGAAUAUUUCUCUCCACGCAAAUAGAGGGUCUAGGGGAGGAUCAGAAAUUUAGCGGCUUGCAAUGCGACAUCUGCUUGCACAAUUACGUGGAGCUGUUCAAGUGCAAGCUCGACGCCGCAGAGACGAAACGCGUGUACGCAUCGCCGGUUAUAAGAUAUUCGAGUCUCGUUUAUUAUAUUCUUCGAUAACCAUUGCACAUCGUUCACAUAGAGCAUCCCAGGCGAAGCCGGGAUUGGCAAACAUGAGCUUCGUGGCUUCACGUGCUGUAAUGUUGGCCAAAUUCGUGGCCAAGCAAAUGUCGGGACCUGAUCAAUUUAUCGACUGUAUCGAUCAUCAGCUGGAAAUCCAUUUGAAGGAGAUCAAAGUCGCCAUAGAGACUAGUGUGAUACCGUUAGGCUCUUUGCGCAUCGGUUCGUACCUCGAGAGGGCCUUGCUGUUUAAAGUUAUCGCGGAUAGGGUGCAUCUACCCGCUGCUUUGGUACGGGGAGAGUACGGGAAGGCUUGGAUCGAAAUAGCUGUGCCCGAAGUAAUACCUGAAUUUCUUUGUGAUACAGAAUGCUCUAUUUGAAAAUGUCUUUCGCCACAGAUGUUCAAAUAAAACAGUCUGCAUUCGAUGCAAUGUAAAAAAAAAAGACUAACAAAAGAAACAACUUUGUAGACAAAGGACCCAGCCGAGGAGACGUCGUUCCAGCCCUACAUAGCGGGAAACCCGUCGAGUCCGGAAUUUCUAAAGUUGCAAGUACAGAAGUCGGCGUACAAACAUAGCCCGGUGCCCGUGGAUCAUCGUCAAACGGCGUUCCCGUCGAAGCUGCUCAAGCCGAACUUCAUCGUCGACCUGAUGCACUCGCCCGGCGAUCUCAUCCCGAUAAACAGUCGUCGGGCGAGGUUGUACCGUGAGAAGGCAUCGAUUUGCCGGCGGGUUUGCCGUGACACACCGAAUCCCGUUUCUGCAACGCGAUAGCUUACUUGCGGCUUACGACGACGAUUAUAAGAUCAGUUCUUCUCGCUCUCACUCUCGCGCACUCUUUGGAUCGUGGAAAAUCAAGAACACAUUGUAAAAUUAUACCGCGGUAAAAUAGAGAAACGUCGCUCAAUGUCA